UUGAAACCAAAACAAAAACAUUCUUGUGUUUGCCGUUCAGCCGCACGAGUUUGAAUCCAGGCGCAGGUUGCAGUAAAAGUGAUUGAAUUUAUCGCAAUCCGAAGGUAAUGCAGUGUGCAGUUCCCAGCUGUCCUGGAUGGGAGAAGGCACUUGUCCCAUUCCCGCAAAAUUUAGUGCUGCAGAGUCGCUGGAAGCGUGCCAUCGAAGCCGGGACGGGCCUUCGUAUUCCGACGUACCACUGCGGGGCACUUUGCGCGUGGCAUUUUGGCGAUGACCAGACGAGGAAGCCGGGUGAAUAUUGGGAACCGUAUCGGUUUCUGCAUCCGAAAGGCAAACCGGUAGAAGUUGGUAGCUGUCGAUUCUGCUUACGUUUCGAUGAAAGGCGGAACAUGAUAUCGGACAGAAAAGUGCUGCUAAAUGCAGAGUUGGUCACUUUGGUUCGCUAUGCAUUGAAGAUCGAUCUAACCGAAGAUGACAUAUUAAAGGAUAUUUGCAAAGAAUGUGAAUCAAAGGUUGGCAUCAUAGAGAAGUGGAUCAAGAACAGUAAGCAAACCGAAUCGGAGUACAAGGCUUUGGAAGUCGCGACAAAGAAAAGCUUUUUCAAACCAAUUGACGAAAAGUCUAAAACGGCAAAAAUGCCCAAUACCGUAUUGCAAGAAAAUGAUACUCUCAGAUUAGAAAUUGAAUUUUCAGAGACGAAGGUUGAAAACCUGGACGACGAUCAAGACAUCGAAAUGACUGAUAACCAUACGGAAACAAUAAUAGAAGAUGAAAUUGUACACUCAGAAGAUAUUGCAGAAACUGAAAAUAUCAACCAGGACCAUGGUUACGCAAAAGACAACGAUCUGGAGAAUGUUAAUGUAGAGGUUAGAGAGCAAUUAAUAAUAAGGCCUCUGAAACCUGUAAUAAAAAAGUUUGACUUUCCACCAAACACCCACUGCAAACGUGGUCCCAAAGCAAAACCAAAAUCAGCUGAAGUUCAGAUUAAAUACGGAGAAUAUAUGAAGAGAAAAUGCAGCAUUUGUGAUACUAUUCUUGAGACGCCGGAAGAUCUGGUGGCUCAUUUGACUCAAGAACACAGUAGUGGGGGUCCUUACAGAUGUACUGAAUGCCAAAAAUCAUUCAAAUUGAUUACUUCCUACAAUCGCCAUCUAGGAUUCCACGACAAAACAAAUCGUCCGCUGAAGUGCUGCUAUUGCCCGAUGGGUUUUAAAUACAACUACAGCCUUUUGAAUCACGAAAAUCGCCAGCACGGAGCAGAGCAUCAAAUUUGCACCAAGAAGAAACGCACCGAGAAGAUAUUCCAAUGCACGAAAUGCGACAAAGCCUACAAAACUAAUUACGAUCUGCUGGACCACGAUCGGUUCAUCCACCAACGACUCCCCGGUACCACCUGCAAACUAUGCGGUAAGCAUUUUCGAAAUCGAGCGUGCCUCAGGAAGCACCAUCUGGUGCACACCGGUGACCGGCCGUACAAUUGUCCACACUGUGAUGCCGUCUUCCGAAACAGCACCAGCGUUGUGCGGCACGUUGCUCACAACCAUGAGGGUAUCGAACCGGUUGACCCCGACGAUAUCAUAGAGGAGCGGGACUGUGAUACCUUCCAGUGCAUUAUUUGCCCCGAAGAGUUUGUAACGCAACCGGAGCUGGUGAAGCACAUUGAAUCGACGCACAUGGACGUGACUUCAUAGGAGAGUAAAAGGUAUGAAGUAAA